AUGGGCUUUUGGUCGCCCAUGACGCUGCCCCUGUUCUAUGACGACCACCAUGACUGGGACCAAGUUCAGGCUAGAGAGGACGAAAGCCUAGGUUUCAGGAUUGAUGUGAAUGUAGAUGCUCCUCCUUCUCUAUCCCACUUCGACGAGCUUCAGGGCAUCACUCCACCGCAAUCGUCGUCCACUGCCUCGGGGACUGCGGCUGACCAUGUCUUGGACGACCUCAUCACGAGCCGCCCGCCGACCGCCGACCCCAAUGCCGCCUCUGUGGACUUAUUUAAGGACCGCAGUCACCGGUGCGAGUGUGUCCGGGUCCUGGCCGAUAUCCUCGAGAAGAUCAACCGCGACGAUGGCAGCGAUAAUGAUCAAACUGAACACUUCGAUGACUUACUCGUGGACUUUCGUGAUGGCAUCGACACGUGUAAGCGAGUCCUGCCAUGCAACUAUUGUUCUCUCUGUACCGCAAAUUCGAUGUUCGUUAUCACAGUCAUCCGGCAUCUGGUGAGCAUGUCGCAACACCUAUGCCGUCAGCUUCUCACAUACCACCAAAAAAUAAACACCUCAUCAGCCAUCGACGUACCCCCUCCGUCACUGAGCGCGGGUAUCCAUGUGGGCAAAUAUGCAGUUAGGGCAACGACGUUGACAUUUGAGUUUGUAUUUACCAUAGUCACAAUGCAUUUCAACGAUCUUCAACGGCUUCUAGAACAUUUACAUGAUGAAAUUAAGACUGGAACAAAGGCGUUCAAACUUCUUAAGGCUGCUGUCGACGAUGUAAGAAGGGUUUUUGGCGAUUUGCAAAUGAUUGCAAAAGGACGAUCAGCUGCAAAUAGUCUGGAACAGAGAAAACGAAAGGCGGCAUUCUAG